AGGGACAAAGAAAGAAAAAAAAAGAAACGAAGAAAAGAGGACAUCUGCAUUUGAACGAUUUGCUGUUCUAUGUCGCCACCCUCAAUUCCCCAUAAAUAUUUAAGAGAACUAUUAUGCAAAAUUGGAAAGCAGACAAAGCGUGUUUUGGGGCAGUUUGCAAAUAGCGAAGGCUUCAAGUUGUCACUGUGUAUAUCGGUCAGACAAAACCAAUGCCAAAUAUUCUGGGCUUCACAUUUCCCCUAAAGAGGGAACAAAGGCUCUGAAACUGGCUUCUACAAAAUAAUGCAAAAAAGGACGGUGCGAUAAAAACAAAUUAUGGCAGUCUCUACAAUUUAGUUCAUGAGGACCAUGGCUGGCGAAAUUAUCGAAGUCCUCGAUAAGAAGAUCUACUAUACGAUCGCUGCUGUCUACAUUCUGACUAUGCUGACGACAAUUAUCACCAAUAGCAUCGUGAUCCUAACUUUCUACAAAGUUCGUUGUCUCCUCACCCCUUCAAGCUUACCAAUACUUAGCUUGGCCAUGGCCGACCUGGUACUAGCCGUAACUGUGAUGCCAUUUGGAAUUGUCGCAAAUGCCAACAGGAUCUGGUUGGUAGGUGAUUUUGGAUGUCACUGGUACGCGUACGGUCACACUGUGGUUGGCUUUUCUUCCAUUCUGCACCACGGUGUUAUUGCUGUAGAAGCCGCCAGAAAAAUUGUGAGAGGAUUACGAAACGCUGGAGCUCGAAGGCGUGGAAUGAUCACCACUAUUGUGGUUGUCUGGGCUGUUGUGCUUGUUUGGGGAACAAUGCCUUUGAUUGGUUGGUCAUCAUAUGGACCUGAAGGCAGUGGAGCUGUGUGUUCCAUCAACUGGAAAUCCACUGAUCCAACUGACGUCUCUUUCGUGAUGAUCACUUUCGUAUUGUUCCUGUUUAUUCCGGUUAUCAUUAUUAUGGCUUGCUAUACUGCUAUUUCAUACGAUUUGCGAAGGAUGGCAAGGAUAGCCGAGAAGCAAUGGGGACGUAAAGCACAAAUGACCAUCGCUCGCGUAUUGGCGAAGAAAAAGUCAAUGUGGACUGGUCUGAUCAUGUUUGUGGCUAUUUUCUUCGUCUGGAUGCCAUAUGCCAUUAUUUCGUUUCUCUCAGUCAUUGGUACCCCAGAAAAAAUCCCUCCUUUGGCUUUCGCCUUAGCAGCUAUGUUUGCCAAGACCUCAACAUUUGUAAAUCCUCUCAUUUGCUUCUUCUGGUAUCAUAAAUUUAGAGAUGGGACCAAAAGGAUAUAUAAAAAUUCAAAGAGGAUGGCAUCCCUGCAAAAGGCAUGGACCACUUCUUGUAAUGAGGCAGCUUGUGAAAUUCAUUUGAGAACCAACUCUUACCCAUAUCAUUCACCUGACUUCAGACAAGUGAGGUGAACCUGAACCACGUCCAUUCCAACUGGGGGAUAGCCCUCAAGUACGACGACUGAACAUCCAGUAGGGAGCAGUGGAACAAUAAAGCUCUAUUUACGUGCAAAAGCUUCGCUGAAACGGAGUUACAGAAACGGCAAACGACGAACGGGACACAGGAAGACUAGGAGAUACGUUUAAUAUUUAGAGAGACCGACAAAAAAACGGAGAGACAAUGACAGUCGCAAAAAAAGACGGAUCGGAUAGAAUAACAUUCGAAGACAUCUAUGUUUCACCAGGCUGAAAAUUUCUCUUCAUUAAGUUGAUUUUUACCUAUUUAAUUAAGAGAACAAUCCAGUAAAAGUUGAGGAACAAAAGGGAAAACGGAGACUUUUCGAACAAGAUCGAGAAGGAGAUUUUAUGUAUAGGUCGAAUCCUUUACAAGGAUAUUUACAGCCACAUAUUUCAUACUGAUGUACAUAUGUUUAUUAAACUACUCGUCGUGUUCAA